UCAAAUUCUUCCCCAGGGAGAAACACACAAAACCUUCUUGGGUAUUCUUCCCUCUCUUUUCAUUACUCGUUCAUUCCUCUGUCAAACAUUGUCCCAAGAAAAUGAAGAACCAACUGGGUUGCUGCCUCAAGUUCCUUGAGACUUCUAAACCUUACUUUGCCAUGAUCUCUUUACAAUUUGGCUAUGCAGGCAUGAAUAUUAUUACUAAAGUCUCACUCAACCGUGGCAUGAGCCACUAUGUUCUAGUGGUUUAUCGCCAUGCUUUUGCCACCGCUGUCAUCGCCCCCUUCGCUUUCAUUUUUGAGAGGAGAGGACAACCAAGGAUCACUUUCCCAAUAUUCCUGCAAUUAUUUGUCCUCGGACUUCUUGGACCGGUGAUAGACCAGAACUUCUACUAUGCUGGGCUGAAAUUCACAUCUCCAACUUUCUCCUGUGCAAUGAGCAACAUGCUUCCCGCUAUGACAUUUGUCAUGGCAGUCAUAUUCAGGAUGGAGAAAAUAGACUUAAAGAAGGUGAGGUGCCAAGCAAAAAUAGUGGGGACUUUGGUGACCGUAGCAGGAGCAAUGUUAAUGACCUUAUACAAGGGUCCUAUAGUGGAGAUGUUUUGGUCUAAGCAUGCCCAUCCUCAUAAAUCCAACGGAACUGAUGCCGCUGAGACCACUGACAAGGACUGGCUCAAGGGCUCCAUCCUCCUUAUGAUUGCCACCCUUGCUUGGGCUUCCUUGUUUGUUUUGCAAACCAAAGCUCUCGAGACGUACAGGAGGCAUCAGCUCUCUCUAACAUCACUUGUGUGCUUUAUCGGAACACUACAAGCCAUUGUUGUGACCUUCGUGAUGGAGCACAAAGCCUCUGUAUGGAGAAUCGGCUGGGACAUGAACCUCCUUGCUGCUGCCUACGCUGGGAUUGUAACAUCAAGCAUUUCAUACUAUGUCCAAGGAUUGGUGAUAAAGAAAAAGGGUCCAGUUUUUGCUACUGCUUUUAGCCCCUUGAUGAUGAUCGUUGUAGCCAUUUUGGGUUCUUUUAUCUUGGCAGAAAAGAUAUAUCUUGGAGGUGUGGCUGGUGCAGUCUUGAUAGUAAUAGGGCUUUACUCAGUCCUGUGGGGGAAGCACAAGGAGAAGAUGGAAGACUCUGAUGAAGAGAUUCCUGAUCCAGUAAAGGGAGCUCAAAGGAAUGGAAGUUCAAUGGCAAUGAUUAAAGAUAUUGAAGCUAAUAAUGAAGUUGAGUUGCAAAAAGCAGAAGCCAACAACACGUUGUCUGCAAUGGUCAUGCCUAUGCCCAUGCCAGAGCUUCCAAUUAAAUCCACCCAAGAACCCAAAGCCUAAGCAAUAGAAAAUUUUAAUUAUUGGGAUUAGGCUUUUUUUUUUUUUAUCCUCAUUCCCCCAUUUUGUUUUUAAAAAAAAAAAGUGAUAUAAAUAGGGUGGUUUGCUUUGUUUUUUUCUUUUCCUUUUUGGGUUGUGUUUAAUGUGUAUACUAAUCAAUAUUCCAUGGACAAGUAGUGAUGAAAUUUAAAGAGAAAAGCCAGGAAUUAUCAUCUGCAUAAAACUUUUGGAAUAUUAUAUAUGUAUAUAUGAUUAUA